AUGGAACAACACUUGAGACUCCACAAGAUGUCGAAAGAGGAAGCUAGAAUUGCCCGAGAAAUGUUGAUGCUAUCGAAGUAUCAAGCUCCUAGGAUUGAAGAAAGCUUGAGCCGAUCUGAGUCGACCAUCCAACCCAAACUCCCUGACCUGAAUAUGAUGUAUGAUCCAGAAAGAGAAGAAGAAGGAAGAGAACUAGUUAAAGCACUUGAGAAUCUCACAAAUCCUGAAUCUCAAGAUGCUGCACACUAUGGUAUUUCUAAGCUUUACUCCGAGCUUGAGGUCGAGAUCUUUGCCCGUGUUUCAUGUACUCAAUACUGGAAACUAAAUUUUCUCAACAAGGAGUUUUCGCAGUUGCUACAAAGCCGUGAGAUCUUUAAAGUGAGACGAGAACUCGGACUAGUGCAACCGUACGUUUUCAUGUUUUCAGGUGGUGACACUUGUUGGACAGUUUUUGGUCAAGAUUUCAAGAACUUCCGACAACUUCCUGAGAUCCCUUCUGACACUUGCUUCCUUUACGGAGAUAAGGAAACAAUUUGUGCUGGGACGCAUCUGAUUGUCAUCGGUAAGGAGGAGAAAUCUCUUGUGGUGUGGCGAUACGAGAUGGAGAUGGACAAGUGGAUCAAAGAUGAGAUGAUCACACCGCGAGUCAUGUAUGCUUCCGCGAGUCAUGGGACCAAUGCUUUUUUCGCUGGAGGGAUCAACAUAAGCGAGAAUGGGAUCCCUGAAGUUGUGAACGUAGCUGAAAGGUAUGAUUCUGAAACAAAAACAUGGAAAGCGAUGAAAGCGAUGCAUAAAAGGAGAAAGUCCAGCUCCGGGUUUUUCUUGCGAGGAAAGUUUUAUGCUCUCGGUGGUCGAAAUGAGAAUGAAGUGUACCUAACUUGUGGAGAAAGGUACGAUGAGAUGACAGAUUCAUGGACUUUGAUACCAGAUAUGCUCAAAGGCAUGAUGUUCGAGGCUUGUCAGUCCCCACCACUUAUCGCAGUGGUCAACGACGAACUCUAUUUGCUGGAAUCAUGGUGCAACGAGGUAUGGGUUUAUGAUAUGAACGCAAACGCUUGGAAAAAUCUUGGAGUUGUGCCUGUGAGAGCAAAUGCUGCCUAUGGUUGGGGAGUUGCAUUUAAGUCAGUUGGAGAUAGGCUUUUGGUGAUUGGAGCUUCGUCUGCUCAGCCGUCGAACAAGACAAUGUCGGUGUACACAUGUCGCCCGUCGGAACAGAUGGUUUGGGAGGAAAACAAGCAUUGUUGUGAUGGUGUUCAGCUCGAUCAUUUCAUCCGGAACUGUUGUGUGAUGUUUACUUAAGGUUUCUUUAGCAACAUGUGUUCGUUUCUGUUUUUUUUUGUUUUUGCGUUUUUAUGUUUUAUGUUUGGAAUAAGUU